AUGGAGCCACAACAAAGUGCCGAGAAUCGCACGAUUUUUCAAGAGGAUGGCAUUUGCAAGAAGGCGGAGGGGGACGCGUGGGCGAGGCAGGGCAACUACGACAAGGCGAUCGUGUGCUACAACAAGGCGUGCUUUGUCAAUCCGGACGACUAUACGCUCUACUCUGCACGGGGCAACGCAUACACGAAACUGUGUGACUUUAAGUCGGCCAUCUCGAACUACAAGAAGCUCCUGUCGAUGCAAAGCAACCCCCCGCAAGCUAUCAAAGAAGAAAUUGCCGAAGUCUUCAAUGCACAGGGGUACACGUACUUGAUGGAAAAGGAAUACACUACCGCCAUCGUGUACCUAACCGAUGCGGUGGCACUGGACGCCCUGCAGGCCAACUACUGGUUGCACCGAUGCCUGGCAUACAUUGGUCUGGAAAACUGGACGAAAGCGCUCAAGGACAUCGACCACGCCAUCUGCAUCGACGCCAACGACGCCGACAUCCUCGUCCUCCGGGCCAAGUUGAAUUGGAAGCUGAAACUCAUUGAUAAGGGUAACAGCGACAUUGCACGCGCGUUCAAACUGAACCCGAACCACCGCGAGGUGCUCGAUUUUGAAAAGAAAAUGUGGCACCAGUCGCAACAUCUGCACGAUCUCGCGUGCCGCCACAUCAUGAAUCGAGAGUUCUCCAAGAGUUUGGACUGCUUGAAUUCGUGCAUCGAAUUCAACGCCGACGACGUCAAGGUGCUCAUCUUACGUGCGUCCGUGCGUCGGGAAUUGGGAGAUUACGACGCCGCGAUGGCCGACGUCGAGCGCGCGUCACAAGCAUUUUUCAAAAAGAAACGGCAGUCCGACCAGCCACACACGAAUGACCCCGACGAACUCGAUGAACAUAUUCAAGAACUCGACUCGCAGUCUUUGUUUGGAUCACCUGUCGCACAUAUCGACGAGCAUCCCGAAAUUACUCGCCAGCGCAACUUGAUUCUGAACGACGUCGCAGUGGCAGAAAUCCAAAGUGGCCGCUACGACGCCGCCCUGAACGCGAUGAACCUCCAGGCGAUCGCGUCCGAAGUCGCGACGGCGUCUCGGUUUGAUGGAAGUGUCAUCGACUAUCGAUUUUACGUCAACCGCGGCGACUGCUACCGCGCGCAGUCCAAGAACCACGCGGCGCUAGCAGAUUACAACAGUGCGUUGGAGCUGCAGCCGAUGGAUGCCGACAUCCACACACGGGUUGCCAUCAUCCGAUACCAGUUUGGGUUGGAGCAAUUCAACCGUGGCGCGUUCGACAAGGCCGAAGUCGAAUUCACCCUCGCCAUUCGGCACAACCCAUCCGUGUACCAUUAUUACAUUCGGCGCGGGGAUUGCUACCGAUAUCUAGAGCAAAAUGAAAUGGCCUUUCAAGAUUACAAGAAAGCCGAGGUGCUGAAUCCUGACGACCCAGACGUCAAGGUGCUGCCACGUGCGUAG